AUGGUGCGAAACCUGGUGCAGCCCAAUGGCUGGGUGGUGCUACGACUGCCAAACGAGAACUUGCGCCUUCUCCAAAUCACCCCCAACACAACAAUAUCUCUCGGGAAAUACGGCUCCUUCCCCAGCAAUCUGCUCAUCGAGCGCCCAUUUCACCUCACAUACGAAGUUGAAGAGAAAAGACGGCAUGAAUCCUUCUCCCGCCUACGGAUUGUUCCGCCGACCGAGCUCAACGCCGACACCCUCGCAGAAACCAACGUCAACGAACAGCCCGCACCGGGUGGAGAGGAAGCCGCCAUCGUCGCAGCCGAGGGCGAGGAGCUUACUCUUGUAGACGAAGCGGGUAAAGUCGUUGCGCGAUCGAAUCGAGAAAUCAUCGAUGACACGGCAAGGCAGACGCUCACGGCACAUGAGAUUGAGGAGCUGAAGCGCAAGGGAGCAUCCGCGGGCAAGGAGCUUAUCGCCAAGCUGAUGCUGUCCCAUACGGCGAUCGAUCAGAAGACACUGUACUCUCUGGCAAAGUACAAGCUUUUGAAGGAGAAGAAAUUCCUGCGGCGGUUCACGGUUCUCCCGCUCGAUGUCACGCUGCUGAACAAGUGGCUGCUCGAGGACAGAGAUGCCGGGAAAGUGCUGGAGAUGAGACCAGAGAUGAUGGGGCUGCUAGGAUGCUGGGCGGAUGUACACUUUGGGGGAGAGCCUGUCCAAGGGAUGAACGAGCCUCAUGGCGGAAGGUGGUUGGUUGUUGAUGACACGGGAGGCCUGCUGGUUGCCGCGCUCGCGGAGAGGAUGGGCAUCCUACACCAGGAGGAGCACGACGACGAACAGCAGCAGCAGCAGCAGCAGCAGCAACGGCAGCAACGGCAGCAAGGCGCUGCUCUGCGUCCUCUGCGCGGCGGCCUACCAGCUCCCGCGCCAAAAUCAGAAGAGCCAGACGCGACCGGCCCUGACUCUGAACGACAGACCACACCACCGCAGGGUCCCCAGCCCUCGUCUUCUGGAAGACGCCGCCGCCGCGACGACCUAGACGAGCACUACGCUCUCACCAACAACAUGACUCUCAUCCACGCCAACUCGCAGCCCAACCUCUCCGUCCUCCGCUACUUUGGCUUCGACGCCAACGACCUCAACCCAGGUUACCCCUACCACCCUCUCUUCACCAACCUCCUUCCCAUCUCCUGGCUUCAGCUCGUCAGCCCCCAGGACGACGUCUUCUACUCGGAGCAACUGUGCGACGUGCCCGCAGAGGAACUCGCCUCCUGGAAGCCCAACAGAAGGGGGAACUACCACCGUAAACGGCGGAGAUGGGCGCGCACUCACGAAAUCGUCGACGCUACCCGCGCGGGGGGUUUCUCUGGCUUGGCAGUGGCCAGCACAAUGGAUCCCAUCUCCGUCUUGCGUCACACGCUUCCCCUCCUGGCUGGUGGCUCCCCCAUAGCCAUCUAUUCGCCUACUGUCGAGCCCCUGGCCCACCUGGUGGACUGCUUCAGCAUCGGUCGCCGAGCAGCGUGGGUGCAGUCACCCCCGGCAGAGGCCCAAGGGAAAUCGCAGGCUGAACUGGAUCGAUGGCAAGGGAGCAGGGAGUUUCCUCUCAACCCCACUCUGGUGCUAGGCGCAGCAGUGCAGACAAGCAGGGCGAGGAGAUGGCAGGUUUUACCGGGGAGAACGCAUCCUUUCAUGACGGGGAGAGGAGGGGCUGACGGGUUUCUGUUUACGGGUUGGAGGACGAAUCCGGCCGAGGGGAGGGUUUCGGCCAGGGGAAAGUUCCAGAAGAGGAAGCAAUGA